GGUUUUAUAAACAGCCACAACCGGAGAGGCGGAGCUCCCGACUUUUUAAGGCGAUACAGAAUGGAAUAGUCUCCCGCCCGUUUCACGUCGGUGGACGCUGUGCAGAAAAACGAACGCAGAGUUGAUAUGUGGAGCUUUCGGUUCAAAACACUGUCGGACACACAAGGAAGUAAGCAGAGCAGAGGCGAGAUAUGACAGCUAGGUUCAUCCAGAGACUAAAACUGUGAGUUAUUUAGACAGUGACACCACAUUAGUUUGUAGGAACAAGUAGAAAUCUUAUUAACGCAGCUGCAGAUGUCAACAGAUGUGUAAUUUCUAGCUAAUACGUAAAUAUGAUGAGGCGACAACAAAGCUAUGGCUAGCGAAUAGUUACAGUAACUUCAGUCAGCGAACAUGUCUGCUAAAAUACUCCUCGUCGCUUUUCAGGCCAGUCAUUUAGCUGUAUCUGGCUUUAAUGACAAUGACUGUGUUAAGUGCUGGCAUGAGUAAUGUUACAGACAUGCAGAAAGAAAGGAUCUGUUAUUGGACCAGCUAGCUGUGUAAGUGUUAUACUGGCUUCAGCCGCUCCUGAUGAAGGAUGGACGGACAACAGGAAGACAUUAUGGAGCCAGGUGAUGAAGAAAUGGCAACAUCAUCAAAGGAUGGAGACCUGGACAUGUUGGCUCUGAGGCUGUGCAGGGCGCUGGUGUACCAGGACCAGGAGAAAUCAGAUACUGGACCAACGAGUGGUGUGAUGUCUGCAGGUCAAGCAGAAGAGCCAGAGAGAGAUGUGUCUCCCUCCAGCCUCAUGGACACAUGUGCUCCUUCCAUCUCAAGCCUCUCCUCCUCCUCUCACUCCAGCCACCAUCACCCCAAUAUGUCUUCAUCCUCCUCUUCCUCUUCCUCUGCCUUGUGUCUGACUCCGCCCUUGCCUCCCUCCGUGGAGCUCCCAGCCGUGUUGACCGAUACGAGGCUGACCCUGGAUGUGUACCUGGGUGGAUCAGGCGCGCUGCCGCUGCUUUGGGGGUCCAUCCCGGAGAAGCUGAGGGGCGUCUGGUACCUGAGGCUGGGCUCUGAGGAUAAACCAGGCCUGGAUGGUGCACUGGAUGUUCUCCCCUUCCUGACGGAGCUGCGCUCACUGGCUAUCCGGGUUUUUCAUCCUGCCUGUCUGCUUUAUUUUAAUCAAAACCAAGGACACUGUUUUCAUGACUCACACGGUGACCCACUGCCUGGCCUCCUCACCACUUUGCCAACAUCUGUUUCCUCCCUUUCUCAUCUGGUGCACCUGGAUCUCUCUUUCAACCGGCUCACCUGUCUGCCACCCUGCCUUCUCAAUCUCCCCGAGCUGUCCUCUUUGCUCCUCUGUCACAACCACCUUCCAGCUUUACCUCCCGAUAUAGGUCAACUAUCCUCCCUUACUUACCUCUCGGUCCUUGGGAACGAGCUGGUCUCUCUUCCCUCGAGUCUGGGUCAGCUGAAAGCACUACAGACACUGGAUAUUUCACACAAUCUCCUUCAGCGACUACCUGAUGAAAUUGGGUCUCUGGAGGAGCUUGUCAAGCUGGAAUUGUCCCACAACAAGCUGAAGCAGCUACCAGAGAGCAUGGGCUCUCUCCUGUCCCUCAGGGAGCUUGUCAUCUUCAGCAAUGACCUACGCCUGAUCCCACAGUGUCUGAACAAAUUGCCUCUGCUAAAAAUAGAUGUGCGGGACAAUCCUUUGGGAAAACCCCCAUCUCCUCCUCCUCUUCCUCCUACACCUGUUCAACGAGAAACAAAAAUUCCAGAGCUGCACCUCGGAUUUAAUCAGCACAGUUUCUCUGUUUCGUCUGCUGGGUGUCAUGUGUUUCUCCCAGGGGGGGCUGAGCUGCUGUUCCCCCCGGGGUGCCUGGCGAAAGCCACAAGACUGGAGUGGGUUGAGAAAAGGCCGGAAAGGAAGUGGGUGCGGCUGGAGGAGCACGACCUCUUACUGAGUCGUCCACUGGAACUCCGUCCUCAUGGAGUUACAUUUCUAAAGCCCGUGGAGGUGUGUGUGCCAUAUCAUCGGACAAAAAGAAGGGAGGUGGUGGUGCAGAAGUUCGACGGACAGUCAUGGAGCAUUUUACCCACAGUUCUGAGGAGAGGAAGCGAGGGCCAUAGCAGUCACCCCGGUGGACGUCCAGCCAGGUUGGCCUGCUGCUCAGUGCGCCAGUUCUCCUGGUUCAUGGCAGUGUCCCGUCCAGUAAAGGACAGUUGCUCUGUUACACCAGCUGGAGCUCUGCUGGUGUCCAGCUCUGACCCUGGAAUUAAGCUUCACUUCCCUCCAGACUCCACUGUGCAGACCCGCACCAUUACUUUACAGGUGCUUGAGGUGUCCGUGGCAGAGGUGCAGGCUCUGUGUGGCGAUCCUCAGGCCAGCGUUAGCCCUCUCCUCUGCCUCUCCCAGACUCCCAGCAUAAAUUUCCUGCAGCCUAUCAAAGUUCAGGUGCCUCUGCCAGCUGGAGUAACAGGCCAUACAGUUGAUAUGUCCUGUUUGCAUCUGCUACAUGGAGACCCCACUGCCCAAAACUGGACUGACAUUACGUCGCAAGUGUCUCUUUACGUCACCCAUUUGUAUGCCAUUUUCUACAUCACACAUUUCUCCUGGUACUGGCUGUGGUACACCACUCAGCGCUGUGUAAGCGGGGUGAUCAGGAAGGUUUAUCAAAAGCUAAAACAGUUCAGAGUCCAGUUCCUCGUCCUCCAGCGGAAGACUGACCCUUCACAAGUUAUGCUACAGUGUUUACCUUCUAACAAGGUGGAGGGAAAACUGCAGCUGUUGUUGCAGCGAUACGACGGACCUCAGCCUUCAGAUCUGUGUGACCUGCUGGAAGGAGAGCAGUUCUUUGCAGGCUUUGAAAGAGGCUUAGAUGUCAGCACAGAGACACCAGAAUGUAUGGGGGGAAGACUGAGUUUCGUGUUUUACUCCAACGUGGAGAAUCGGAAGGAAGUGUUCAUCUGCCCAGAUCAGGGUCAAAAAGGGCCAGUGAGGGGACAAGUGUCUUUUUAUAGAGGAGAGGUUCCUCAGAAUCUGCCAGAGGAAGUGGCAAAAAAGAGGAAAGGACAUGACAACCAAUGGCUUGCAACUUUACCACUAAAACUUCCUGCUCUAAAUUCGGAUAAUAGUUUCAUCAUGGAGGAGCCCCAGUAUCCUCCUCUGAACCUGGGUGACCCCGAGAGCGGCUACCUGACAGAAGCAAACUUGCUGUCCAUCUCUCUUCAGAUAGGACAGGACUGGCACAUUAUUGGCAUAAAUCUUGGCAUAAGCUACCAGGAGUUAGAUCGCAUCAAGUACAAGCACAGAGAUGAUCUGAGAGGCUUGGUACUGGAGAUGCUCUUCCACUGGGCCCGGGUACAGAGGGAUGCAGGACCUGGGGCAGUGUCGAGGCUGGUGGACGCUAUGAUAGAGAGUAAAAGGAGGGACCUGGCAGAUGAGAUUGAGGACGUUGUCAGCAUAGGAAGAAAAAAGUACUUGGAGUCACUGAGGAGAGUAGGCCUGGAAGGAGAGAGCUCGUCCUUCAGUGAAACACAGCAGUAGAUAAACCCACGCUGAGUGCAGAUGGCUGGCUUACACACCAUGAGUAACCUGUUUGUUUACAAUGUGCCCCCAUCAUCUCAUCCUGCUGUCUAAACAACUGUCGUGGACUACAAAACAUCUCCUUUUCACAAUCAUGAUAGCUGGUGGCACCUUGCAGAAGAUGAAUAGAUGAACUGCAUGAAGAUGAUGGCUUGGUAAGAGCUAUCUCAGUGUGCAAGACAAGACUACGGAAGCCCUUACUACCUCAGACACAGUCAUAAUUGUGACUCAUAAUCUGGACUUCUGCAAUUUUGUAUGUUCAGACAGUGUCUCAGAGAUUUGGCUCAGUAUCUCACGAGUAUUUUUAUGCCAUGAAUUUCCCUCAUACCUGAUCAGGACAGAGUAAAGACACGGAGCAAACACUGGGAGGUGUUGGACUUGCUUAAACCGCCAGAGGAUGCCACUUUUAUGGUUGAUUAAAUUUCUUCCUUGUGUGCCUUUGGUCACCUAGAAACCAGCUCAGCUGCAGCACAGUCUGAAGUGACGUAUCAGGAGGAGUUUGUUUUUAAAGAAUGUAUGUAUGAAUUUGCAAUAUUUUCAUCUCUAGUAAAACUGUGAUGAAGAAAUGUGUCAGCUAUGUUUUCUGACUUUGUGAAAUGAGUCACUGGUUGUUUAAGACUUUUUUUAAUUUUCUCCCUUGAAUGUCAUAUGAGAUGAAGGAGCGUUUUAUGGAUGUUUUAAAAAUGUUUUGACCGGACAGCUUAGCCAAGCCUCACUCACUGAUGGUUGGUUAUGUUAAUGAGAGCUAUAUAACUAUAAAAUUGCAGGCCACUACACUUUAAAUUUCUUCUUGACAGCUCUAACCAGUUUUAACAGGCUAUAUCACAUUUCACUGGUUUUAGCUUCCCUCUGCUGGCUUCUGGUACAUUUUAGGAUUGAUUUUAAGAUUUCACUGAUCACUUUUAAAGCUUGCUGGGGCCUGGCUAUCAAUUUUAUUGCCAGCAAUAUCCGUACGAGCCAGCCUUAGAUCCUUGGACAGGUCACGUCUGGUUGUUCUGAGGUCAAGGCUUAAAACUAGAGGUGAUUGCUUUUCCAUCAGGGCCUCUCAGCUUGGGAAUGACCUGCCUGAGGAGAUAAGGCUUGCUGUUUCUGUAUCUGUAUCUGUUUCUGUUUCUCUUUCAAAUCACUUCUUAAAACUGAUUUUUACAGACUUGCCUUUAUGUUUAUGUUGUUUUUUAUCUUCUAUUCUUUAGAGUAGAAGAUGUGUAAGCCCUCAAUUUGAACUUUUUUUUCCCUCCAUUCUUUUAAAAAUGUUGAACUUAUUUAUUUCAGUCUUGAACAAAGCCAGGUUGCAGAAAGACGUCAUAAAAUUGGUUAAACAUUAACCAAAAUGCUCCAGCAAGCAUUCAUUAUUGUAAUUCAACAACACUGCGAUUGGCCUUCUUCACUUAAUGUAAUUGACACCUAAUUAACCUGAACACCAUCCCAGUGAAAAGACACACUGUGUGCUCCGUUGUGCCUUCUUGUAUGGAUGAAAAGUGUCAAUUUCAGUAUCUUUAUUUUAGUUUUUUAGUUUGUUUUUUUCUUGUGCACA